AGAGACUAUCACGGUAAUUUGGUUGAAGAGGCAUGAUCUCUGAGAGAAUCACUGUCAAAGUUUACAUUGCUCAUCCCUAGGCUGAACCGCCACUCUCGGCCUACAAUGCCCGUCGAUAUCUCAAGGAGCCAUCGAUCGGAAUGUCAUCUAUAUCGGAGUCGGGGGGCCACAUAAGGCGGGCACCCAUCGCCUGCAAUAGAUGUAGAAAACGAAAGACGAAAUGUCUAGGUGGAGUUCCAUGCAGAACUUGCGCCAUCUCAAGACAAGAUUGUAUCUACCCAAACUCGCAGAAGAAGGUCUUGGUUUCGGAAGGCUACCUCUUGGACCUAGAGGCUCGAAUCAAGGCGUAUGAGACCAAGGCCGAAGAAACUUCCGUGACUCCAAGCUCUGUCGCUGCCACACCUGAAAUACUUGGUGCCGAAAACAUUAUCCCAGAAUCCUCUGCUCCUCUUCAACUUACCACCAGUCGUGACACUGACAAGGAUGAUAUUGAUAAGAACCCCCUGAUUGAAGGGACGGCGCACCUUGUGCUGAGCCCCGGAGGAGGAGAGCGCCAGUAUCUCGGAGAUUCGUCGUCCACAAGUCUUGGUUUGAGGUUCCAAGACUUUAUCAAAACCUUUCAGUCAGAACUCAAUAACGGAAUCGAGUUCGAUGCGCCCACCCAAAGCCGUACGAAUUUCUCCAUUCGUCGUAAUUCGUUUCAAGAUGGCCAACCCAAGAUCUCGCUUCCCCCAUUCGCAUUCGCAAAGCGUCUUUAUGCCGCACAGUAUGCCUAUCUUGGCACCAUCUUCGCCUUUACAGAUAUGGAUUUGUUUGAAGAGAGCCUCCAUGAAAUAUAUGAUAGGCCGGUGGAUGUGUCCGACAAGGACGAUUGCCUUGUCUAUUGCGAAGUACUCCUCACGUUAGCCUUUGGUCAAAUGUACUCUGUGAAUCAAUGGACAAGCAAUGAUGGACCUCCUGGAUUUGAGUAUUUUCAACACGCAAUGCAGCUGCUUCCUGGUCUUCAUGAGCAAGGGUCUGUGACAUUUAUCAAAGUUCUGUCCCUAGUUGGAUAUUUCUUCCAAAACUUGAAUCGUCGAGACGCAGCAUUUCUCUAUAUCGGCUUGGCAUUGCGUAUGGCCAUAUCAAUGGGGCUGCACCAGGAGGUUCCCGAUCAAAAUCUCGACGACAGGGCUCGAGAACAUCGGCGGCGACUGUGGUGGUCUGUUUACAGCAUGGAUAGGAUUCUUUGCGUGAAAUCCGGCAACCCCUUGACAAUUGCCGACCAUGACAUUGGAGUUCUGCCUCCGUCAAGACUGCCAGACGAACCUGAAAUGUGCCCAGCUACUGUCCUGUUACAUUAUACAGAGCUGUCACGAAUACUGGGAAAGAUAAUGAAAAACCUGUAUCGAAGGACGCGCACAGAAAACUACAGUCUUGUCAGCUCUGUACAGGCCAUUCUUACUGACCUGUCGAAUUGGCACACAAACCUUCCCCAGGUGCUUCAUUUUGACUUUACUAAGCUUGACAAGGAAAUCUCUCGUGAGGCAGUUUCGAUAUAUUUACACUAUUCGCAGUGCAUUAAUAUGACUGCUCGGCCUCUUGUAUUUCACGUCGUUCGAAGCCGGCUUCAAAGUAAGGAUUCAACAAAUAACGCAAGCGAUUGGAAGACUGGACUGUCUCCAACUACAAUUGCAGUCAUUGAUACCUGUAUUUCAGCAGCACGGAAUAGUAUUGCAAUCAUGUCUACAACUUCCAAGCAGAAUCUGAUAGCAACGUACGGCUACAUGGAUGGCGAACACGCCUUCUCAGCGGCAAUCAUCCUCGUCAUGGUCAAUAUCGCCUUCCCGUAUAACGCCCGAGACCGCGCUGCCAUGAAUAUGGCGCUGGAGGUCCUGAAUGGAAUUGCCGACAAGGGCAAUGCACAUAUCAAAUCAUUGCAUCGACUUCUGCUUAGUUUAUACCCUAUGACGAGACUGGAGAAUUCGGACGAGUCUCUGAUCCAGAAGCAAGCCCCAGAAGCUCUGGCACCACUACCAGAUCCAUCCGCAGCGUUCUUGUCGCAGAUGGAUGGCGACAACGCUAACGCCGGCAUAUUUUCCAACGUAGAUACGAAUUUAUUUGAGGAGGCUGGCGCGGGGGACGAAAGGAUUUGGGAGGAGGGGUUCGAAUUUUUUGAUGUGAAUAUGGAUUUUGAUUGGACGCAGUGGAACAGCUAAAUCUUCUCGACGAUGUCAUCUUCCAUCACAUCUAUCACCAGCAUAUGCCCCGGGGCAUGUCCCAUCACUCGACCCGGCAACUGCGCCUUCAUAACCGCAAGCUGGGGCGUAACGCCGCAACCCCAAAAUACCGGUACAAUCUCGUCAUCCGCUGGGUCUAGAUCCAGCGGCAUAUCACCAAACUCGGGUGCAUUGAUAUCUUUGAUCCCCAGCCUUUCCACCGCAUCCCAGCCCCAUGCAACAGGCUCGCCAUGGGUGCUUACAUACGGCCUCGUCAGCUCCCGAACCUUUUCGACAUCCGCGUUCCUGUACGGCCGCAUGCUGACUACAUAAGUGCCGCCGGUAAACACGCCCGCGGCGCAGAGUGGUAUAUUCGUCGCAUACAUGGGGACAUUGCGGCCCAUGACCGUAUGCCUCGGAGGCAGACCAGCUGCUGUCAAGGCGGCCUCGAAACUGUAGCUACAGCCGAUAAGGAAUGCGACGUGGUCAUCCGUCCACUCCUUGGCAAUAUCUGAGCAGUGUGAUUUGACCAGCUUGCCAUCGUCAUAUACCAUGUAUAACGGGACAUCUGUGCAAAUAUCAAGCGCUGACGCGAUUGCGGCGUCAGAGAUUCCAGGCAGGUGAGACUUCAGGGCCGUGGCGGACCCUGGCGUGCGAGAGGAGGCGAGCAGUGGACAUGGGACUGGGUUGCGAUGACACAGGAGUAGGAAGUCUGAUGCGAAACGGGACGGUAGGAUGAUAAGGUUUGCUUGUAGAUAUUUAGGGGCGAGGCCCGAUGUCAGCGUUAUUUGGUUGUUGCGAGCGAGGAGGCGGGUUGAUAGAGCUGCAUUAUUGCCGGAUUCGAUCAUUUUUCGGGCGGGAAGAAAGAAUAUACAUGUAGUUUUUCAAUACAAAGUCCCAUCAAAGCAUAUAUACAGAACUAAGCCGAGAAGUUAAACCAUGCACAUCUUCUCUACCCGUCUUUGCCUCCGUUGCCGGGCCCCAUCA